GAACAACAUGAAAGAAAUCGAACAACCAAUUAUCACCGUUCAUUUAAAGGCGAUUACACUCUGGUUAAAUUUAAGAUGGAUUUCAAAAGUCGGUUUGAUGAUGACAUAAUUGCCCUCUUACAAAGC